AUCGCAACACACUCUCACACACACAUACAUUUCAGAGUUGGACUUGCAGUUGAAGUAGCUCCAGAAAAAGAUGGCGGUUGUGAUGAAGGUUGGUGCAUGGGGUGCACCAGACGGAUCCCCUCAGGAUAUCAACGCCGAAAGCAGGCCCCAACGCCUAGAGAGCAUCACCAUCUAUAGCGUCGAAUCUCCUGGGGUAUGCGGCAUCAAAGGUUUCUCCUUCAAAUACGUGGACCAGCAGGGGAGCAGCGUCAAGAGCGCCAUCUGGGGCAGCAACAGCGGGAAUCCCAACACCAUUGAAAUGAGGGAAGGCGAGCAGCUCAAGCUCGUGGGCGGCACCUUCGACAAUGAGGGCAUCGGAUCGCUCACGCUAGAAACGAACACGACCAAGCACAAGACCUACGGGUAUCCGGUGCAGGGAGGCGAGUUCAGCUUGCCGCUGCCGCAGGGGAAAGGCGAGUUGGUCGCCUUCUUUGGCCGCUCAGACGUGACCCUCAAGGCGUUGGGCGUCUACGUGAAAGGCUCGCCCGCCAAGGUCGGUAAGUGGGGCGCCAAAAGCGGCGCACCACGGGACAUCAGGCCAGAUGCCGAUCCGUGCAAGCUGGAGAGCUUCACCAUCCACAGCAGCGAGCGCAUCCAUGGCUUCUCCUUCACCUACCUUACCAAGAGUGACCAGGCCAUUAGUGUCCCCCUCUGGGGCAAGAAAGCUGGAGAGGAGCAUACCAUUUUCAUGAACCAAAGCGAGUACGUGAGCAGCAUCACCGGCGCUUACGACACCUAUGGCAUCACCUUCCUCAAUUUCGACACCAACCAGGGGGCUUCGCACACGUUCGGGCGCAACCCAUCUGCAGGGACUAAGACCUUUAGCGUGCCGCUGCCGGACAACGGUGCACUGGAUGAUGCGGCCGCGGUCGCCUUCUUCGGCAGCUCCGGGGAUAGCCUCGUCGCCAUCGGCGCCUACGUCGGGGUCGCGCCCGAAUGAACCAUCCACCUUGCUAGCAGCUCUACUCUAUCCCAUCGAUCCCACACGUACGUACCUGCAGAUCCUAGCACGUAUGUACGUUCCAAUUAAACCCCAGCUGCAUGCUAUGCUAGCUGGCUAUGUGUGUGUUUGUACGUGGUGAAUAAGGACGAUGGGGUCCCACUUUGCGGGCUGCAGCUCGAUCUACCUACUUUCAAGGGUAAUGUGUGUGUUUGUGUAUGUGCAUGUAAUAAUGUGCGCCCAUGGCUUGCAAUAAAGUUGUACCACCCGUUUCCUUA